AUGCUGGUCCUUUUCGAGACCUCUGGUGGCUUUGCUCUAUUUAAAGUCCUCAAGGACAAAAAGCUAAAGCAAGUGGAAAACUUGGCAGAAGAGUUCAGGACCUUGGACAAUGCAAGCAAAAUAGUCAAACUCAAAGCAUUUGACAAAUUCAAAGACGCCAAAUCUGCACUUCAAGCUGCAGCUUCUUUGGCGAACCAUGAACUUUCAAGAUCAUUGACAAAAUUUUUAAGGAAAAAUAUCGUGCAGCAAGAGAUUGAUGAUGAGCUUAUUGUCCUGGAUAAGAAGCUAAGGUCAGCCAUAGAAGAUAAAUUGGGGAUCAAGUGUCUUUAUAGCUCGAAAUAUCAGGAACUGAUAAGAGGAAUUCGUACACAAAUUGAAGGGCUUAUUGCAGGACUUUCAGCUCAAGAGCAGAAAGCAAUGGCUUUGGGUUUGGCUCAUUCACUGUGUAGGCAUACGUUGAAGUUCUCAAUUGAUAAAGUUGACACUAUGGUUGUUCAAGCUGUCAAUUUAUUAUACUCUGCAAUAUCAAUUACUUGUGAACUAAGGAGAAUCAUUACUUGUUUUUGCUUAGACUAUGCAUUGGAUUAAUCAAAGAAUAGCCUUAAUUCAUAUUGAAAGCAUAAUAAUUAUUUCUAAAUAAAAUAAUAAAAAAUAUUUUUUAAUUUGUUAAGUAUUUGUGGAACAAUUUAUUAGACGACAUUGACAAAGAACUCAAUAACUACGCUAUGAGACUAAAAGAAUGGUAUUCAUGGCAUUUCCCUGAGCUUGCCAGAAUAGUCACUGAUAAUGUGGAAUACGCCAAAUGUGUCAAUGCAAUAAAAGAAAGACAAAAUACAGCCAAAGUCAAUUUAGCAUCAAUAAUUACAGACGAAGACAUCAUUGAAGAAAUCAAAGAGGCAGCUGAGCUUAGCAUGGGGACAGAAAUCACCCAAGACGACAUGGACAAUAUGAAAGCACUUUGUGACCAAGUCAUCAGUUUAAGCGAAUACAGAACAAACUUAAGUGAAUACUUAAAGAAUAGAAUGAACGCCAUCGCACCUAAUCUGACUGUUCUAGUAGGAGAACUUGUAGGGGCAAGAUUAAUUGCACACGCUGGAAGCUUGGUGAAUUUAGCAAAACAUCCAGCCUCAACCAUACAAAUUUUGGGUGCUGAAAAAGCGUUAUUCAGAGCAAUCAGAACAAAGCAUGAUACACCAAAAUAUGGACUGCUUUAUCAUGCUAGCAUUGUAGGACAAGCUACACCUAAGACAAAAGGAAAAAUCAGCAGAUCACUAGCUGCAAAAUGCGCACUUUGUAUCAGAAUGGACGCUCUCGGCGACCAAGAGACUGCCACCAUUGGGCUACAGCAUAAAGAAGCUCUUGACAAAAGGGUCAAAUUUUUACUCCUUCCUCAGUGAGAGAGCAAAAUCAUUGGAAAAAUCCUGGAUUUUUGGGUAAAAGCCCUCCGAGCGAACAAAAAAUUAUUUAUGAAAAAAAUAUUUUGAAUAUAAAUGAUAAUUAAUAUAAGAAAUCCCUUUGCAAUUCUGAUGAAUUUUAAACAGCUUGUAUUCUAAAACAUAAAUCUUAAAACGAAAUAAUAUUCGCUUUCCAUUUGGGAUUGUUUUUAAAUUCGAAUUAUUUUCUACUAUAUAAUUUUUUAAAAAAAUAAUCAAGUAAAUUUUUUGUCACUCACGAUAGGGAGGGAGUUAGAAAAUAAUUUGACACCAAGCAUGCUUUCAGGUAAAAGGCCAGCUGCAUAUCAAAGACCUGCACAGACUGGAAUGUAUAACCCAGCCACAGACGCAACAAAUAAAAUUGAAGUACCUGCCAAGAGGACAAGAAUAGAAGAAGUGGAAGACGAGAGUGAAGAAAGCGAAGAGGAAGUAAAGCCUAAAAAGAAAAAGCAUUAA